AUGGCUAUAAGAUACCUGUGGAUUUUGUGCACAAUCAUCGCGACCUCAACAGCACAUGCUAAAAACGAUUGGCUUGGCCGGAAUUGCUCCAACUACGUUGAUGCUGACAGCUGGUGUCAAUCCAAUGUUCCGAUGUCCUACUGUAACGUCAUGGGUGCUGGAGAUUGCGCCUGCACGUUUGGACAUCAUAAGGCAACUGAUAAUCUCGGGAAUCUCUUUUGUCAAAAAUUUUCUCCUGACUCGAAAUGCACCGGCAGCCCCAAUAUCUCAGCCGAUCUGGCGUGUCAGUCUGGAAUGGGCCCGAUGGCGCGCUGCGACUGGACUGGAUUUUGCGAAUGUCAUUCUAACGAAACGCUCCAGAUUCGUUACGUUGAGGAUAAAGGCUGUGUGAAACUAGCCAACUAUAGUUCACAGUGUGGUAAUUGCAGCCGUACGAAAGGUUACUGCGUGGACAUCAACGACGAUGGCGUGGCAGAUGACUGCCAUUGCCCGGGAAAAACAGCAUCAUCGGAGAAAACUGGCAUCGAGCGAUUAAAAAAAGGAUGCGACAUUGGAGAAGCAAGCCUUGGCGACUUCUGCAACCCCAACGGUCCAGUCUUCUGCUCCUUGCCCAAUUCUGCAUGCGAAAUGAACCCGUCUACAUUCCGCUUCACGUGUUCCUGUAACAAAGGUUUCGUUGCCAUACCGGCAAGGUGGCGGCCAGGAAUAAGCGAAUGUGUUCCACUGCUCACCCCUGAAGACGAUCACAACUGCACUCACUGCCUCGAGACCGAUGGCGAAUGUUUUGACAAUGACGGUGAUGGCCAGAUGGACGGAUGCCUUUGUCCCUCUUCAAGAACCAGUAGCGAUCCAAACAACCCUGUAGAAAAUUGCGACUUUAAACAUGUCGAAGUUAAGUGCAAGCGUGGCAGUAUGCAUGUCUGUUAUCAUCCCCACAACCAUUCCUUGAGUGAGCACGCGAAUCUUCCACAGCGCCUGAAGUCGGGAAUAGCCGCAGUGUACGUCAGGGACCACCAUUACGAUGCCGAAUGCAUUUUCAAGCCUGUCAACAGUGGAACAUACUGUGUUGACCUUACGUUUGAAGACCUUGAUAAAUGUGGAACGAAGCUUUCUAAAACUGAGAUGAUGAGUUCAUACACCAAUGCAUUUGUCGUACAAUGGGAACAUAACAUGCGGACUGGGAAGGAUUUUGUCUUUGGAGUCCACUGUCCGUACAAUGAUGGCAUUGAUAUAGCCACUGCAAGAGUCGUGUCUCUUAUCAGGGAUUCUCCUCAGCAGGAGUUUUUGAGUGACCCAGAGAAGCUUAAAAAAGGGGUAGAGGAUGCAGCUUGCAGCUCUCAGCCCUGCUGGUCCCUACCCACAGAUGUUUUCAUCGCCGUGAUCGUCAUAUUCGCCAUCCUUAUCCUGCUCAUGGUGGGCUUGUGCUUAGCCUGGAUGACGCACAGACGUCGGGUAAACGCAAGGAGGUCAAGCCAAGAGGAUAGGAACAAUAACAGGGAUAACCCCAUAGAAAGUCGGGCUUGUUCCCCUGGCGACUUUCCGACAUGUCCAGGUCCAGGAGCAGGCCUCGCAGCGACAGAGUACAGUGCAUCGGACUCCGAUCAAACCACGAGUUCGGGUGAUCGGAGCCAUUACACAUUCACGUACAGUGCCAGCAUGACCACACAGUCGACAGAUUCUUCCCCAGAACUCCAACGCCACCCGUACCUCGAAAUAAAACGCUGUAAAUCCGUUGACCUUGGAUAUAUUUCCUCUAGAGACUUAGCAGCCCAGGACGUGACUGUCUAUGACCACAGCAAUACAUCUGCACCCACAGAUUCGGGCUUAGGUACAUCUACAACCGAGUUAAUAAACCAGAGAGAUGGCAGUUCUGAAAACAUAUCAGUUUCACAGAUUCUAGAAACCCCUGUUGGUUUUGUCUUCAGCAUGGAACAAUUAAUUGCGAAUCAUAAAUUGAAACCCAUAGCGCUUGCAGUGUCGCCAGAAAAUGUGAAUGCCACUAUUCAAUACCAAUACCAAUGUUGAUGAUACAGUUUACAAUAUGAAUCAUGUUAUUUUGUUCUGUUAAGAAUCCAUUGCAUGUGCAUGUGCUUGUGCAUGCUAUCCGUGUUUUAAGUAAUUUGUGAAGCGAUCGUUCAAUUGAAUUUGAUGUUUUAUCAAUAUCGAUCUUAUGAAACGAAUUUUAAAAUUUGUGUUGAUUUUUAAUAAACUAUUUAUUGAUAACGCUUGCUUUGUUUACGUUAUUGGUAUGUUCGUCCCAGGCAACUACUCCGAUUACUAUUGUUACAUCAUUGUGGUAUAACUGCACCAAACCAAGGGACGCAUUGGAGUAUCCGCACAUACUAUCACACCAUACUUUUCUGGUUAUAUCUCUGUGUUGAAUAAAGCUCUUUUCGUAAUUUUCAGAAUGUCCGUCCGGGUCGCAGUUAUUAUCAUCAACUCAUUCCUCGUCCUAUGAAUAUUCCUCCUUCUGGUCGCCUUGUUUUGUGAGCUGUGGAGCGGAUAUGAGAGAAAGCUGUGGUUCCUGAUGGUCUCUUACGGACCAAAUUUGAAAUACCGAAAAAUUGUGAUUGCAAAGAUCCACUUUCAGUAGAAGUGAGGUGUUCUCGUCGAUCACACCCUGGCCGCAAUCGAUCAUCCAUUGUGAGUAACAAUGCUGAACCAAACACCCUAUAUUUGGCCCUUCCAUCAAGUGAGGUGAAUCCGUCGCCCAGAAUCGACCCAGGGAGUAAUUUCCCAAAUUUUUAUCAGUAUUGGAAUAAUGAUCAUAGUCUGACGAGCGAAUGGUGACAAAAGUUCAAAGACUUUAAAAAAAAUUAUUAUGUCUGCACAGAAAAAUGCCAGUCGGGCUUGAGUGUCUUCGCAGUUACUUUCGACAGAUAGCUCACAAAGAUUGUGUUGUGUCAUUUAUUUGUGCCUUGUGUUUAUACUGUACGAAAGCGAUUUGUUUUACCAGGCCAAUGGCAUAACUCGAUUGAAAUCAUGUGAUCCCAUGUUAUCACAGGUCUUGCAAUAUCGGGCCGAGUCCGGGAUCGGGUCCGCCUCCUCGCGCCCGAACUCGGCCCUGGACAUUGCUAUCGAGUCCCAUACAUCCACUAUGAGAAUUGUUACUCCGUCGACAAGGAUAAUGAAACAAUACGGACUAUUGUUACUCCGUCGACAUGGAUAAUGAAACAAUACGGACUAUUGUUAACCCAUCGACAAGGAUAAUGAAACAAUACGGACUAUUGUUAACCCAUCGACAAGGAUGAUGAAACAAAGGGAAAGUAAAGCAGCAGUGCCGAAAAGUGAUUGUAAAUAGGAGAA